AUGGAUUUAAAGUCCGAACCUUAUCCAGAGCUGCAGCCUAUAGAAGAGGUGGCUCUGGACACCGUCGUGUCCAUUAUGAACAGGGCUAAGGAACAGUUAGGGGAACGGCAGACGCUGAAGGAACUCGCACGGGUACCAGAGCUGCAGCCUAUAGAAGAGGUGGCACUGGACACCGUGGUGUCCGUUACGAACAGGGCUAAGGAGCAGUUAGGGGAACGGCAGACGCUGAAGGAACUUGUACGCUGCCGUGAGCUGUUCGGCGGUAAGACCAAGCUGGACAUCACCGGCUUGCGAGCGCCCCUGGCCAUCACGGCGGAACAGCUCAUCGACGACACCAUCAGAUACCACUGGAAGCUGACUGAUCUAUUCAUGUUCGCCCUCAACUACAAGAACACUUCCAUUGAUGAAUGUUCUCAUUACUACUACUAUGAGGCCAUAUUCAGCCAGCCUACAGCCAAGUACCCCGUACCUCAAGCAACAGCUACUGUCUACUUUAGUGUGCAGCAGAAGUACACUCAUCCAUCUAAACAUGCGCCAGUUCCUGUGAUUCAGUUCCGGCUAGAAGGGCAGCGAUCAUCGCACGACAUCCGCUACGUCACGCUCAAGCCUGAAUGGCUGCUCGCUAUCAUCAAGAUGAAGAUCUCGCUCUUCAAGCGUAUCGAGGGAUAUAACAUAUUCUAAAAGAUUAUAUA